GCGCCUCGGCAGCAGCAAGGCGCCGCGUCACGUCGCGGAUGUACUGGGGCAGCGCGGCCAGCACGGCGUCACGCACCGCCACCUCAUUGUGGGCGAGGCGCUUGCACAACUCCUCCACGCGCGUCCGCUCUGCGUCGAAGCAGAAGUCGGCGGCGUCCACCACCUCCGGGUCAGGGUAGUUGAUGGGCAGCUGCGCCUCACCCCUCCGCAGUUCCUUCUUCUUGAUCUUCAUCCUGUCACACACUCACCGCUACGCUUCGCCUCACGCACUCCUGCUGCUGCUGUUGUUGUUGUUGUUGUUUCUCGCUGGGGGCACGAGGCGCUGUUGCGAGGCUGCCAAACUGGCUCGACUGUUUCUCUUUGCCACGCCUACUCCUAUUGA